AUGGCACCACGCAGGGUGCCAACGGACUUGUUUACUGACGAUGUGACGGACUAUCUGAACUAUUCGACGCAGCACCCGGAAGCGGUGUCGCCGAGGCACCACUUCCGCCACAGGAACCAUUCGAGGGACCACCCGAGGAACCACAACGUCGUAGACAUGAUAUCCAACUCGAUAAUGGAGGUGCUGAACACGAAAUUCAUGCCGGAGAGCAACGUGCUGCCGGAUAUGGAGCCGCUGUCGACGCACAUGGACGGAAGACACCCCCUGCGGAUGAACAUAACGAUGAACCGUUCCGAUUUCGGGGUGAUCAACGAGGAGUUUAUGUACCGGCACAACAGCGCUAUGACGGCGGUGUACUGCGUCGCGUACCUGCUGGUGUUCGUCGUGGGGCUGGUGGGGAACUGCUUCGUGAUAGCGGUGGUGUACCGCUCGCCCAGAAUGCGGACGGUGACCAACUUCUUUAUCGUGAACCUCGCCGUCGCCGAUAUACUGGUGAUAGUCUUCUGCCUGCCCGCCACGCUGAUGUCCAACAUCUUCGUCCGUAAG